AUGGCCCAGGUAUGGAAUAUCCAAGACACUUCUUCGCCGAUUUUACUAUGCAAAUUAGACCACACUCUGGCCGUCAAGGGCAUUGCCUUCUGUCCCUGGGCACCCAAUUUACUAGCUACUGGAGGAGGAAGUAACGAUCGCCAUUUACGAUUUUGGCACACUGGUACCGGAACACUUCUCCAUGAAACGAAUACAGGCAAGCAAAUCACUUCGAUCACAUGGAGUGUUUCUCGCCGCGAGUUGGUUCUAACAUUUGGAUUCGAUGAAGAAAGUCCAGGCACCAUUGUGGCGGUGUAUGGAUAUCCCAGGAUGGACGUCCGGGCCAGAGCACAGGCAAAAGACCGGCGUGCACUAAGCGCCGAGGUUUCACCAGACCAAACAAAAAUCGCCGUGGCUACCAGCGAUGGAACCGUCCGGUUGUACCAAUUGUGGGAACCCCGGCGGAAUGCGUUGCGGGCAACGUUUUCGGGAACCGGGCCGUUCUCUAGUCCCAUAAUAAACAUGAUAGAGGGAUUGGAGUCGCAUAAUGGAUACAUCAGAUGA